UGGCUUUUUAAAGAUACUCUUGGAUUUUUACUCACAAGCAUGGCGUCCAUGUGUGGUAGGCGGUUCAUCAAAAUGACAUCUAAGGAAAUGAAAAACAGCCUACAUUCAAAAUACAUGCAUGGCCCAUUUGAUUAGAAGUUGAGACUAUGUCCUUCUUUCUCGACCAAGGUAGGUACAAAGUUUCUCGUCUGUUUGCUGAGUGGUGUCGGAUUUGUGAACUUCCUGGCAAUACUGAUGUCGCUUAUACCCAUUAUAUCUCACAGUUACAACAAAGUGGGUUGCUUAAAGGGGAUGAUCUCAUGGAUCACUUUUUCCGAAUCCUCAUGGAAAUUUCUGUAGCAAAUUGUUUGGCCACUGACAUGAUUAAUCCAAGCUCAUUGUCCCUACAAAUGCCACAACAAGUCCAGCAUCUCUCAUUUGCUGUUAUUGAUAUGUAUGCAAAGCUUGUGGUUUUAGUUAUUAAGAUUUUGUCAGUGAUUGUGAGAGUUAUCCAAAAGGAUGCAGAAGAGAAGAAAGUUGUUUUUAGCCAAAGGGCAUAUUUCAAAUUGUUUCUGAACUGGCUUUUGGACCUUGGUUCCCUUGACCCUGUCCUUGAUAGUUCCAACUUUCAGGUUCACUUUCUGUACAAAGGCACUCUAAGGGUGCUCUUUGUACUGCUUCAUGAUUUUCCAGAGUUCCUUUGUGAUUAUCAUUUCAGCUUCUGUGAUGUGAUUCCACGCAGUUGCAUUCAAAUGCGGAAUGUUAUUCAAAGUGCAUUCCCAGGAAACAUGAGAUUGAUUUGCUGGCUGAAAUCAGCCAAUCACCGGGCAUUCUCUUUGAGGUUGAUGGUGCUCUGAAAGCAAAGCAGAUUAAGGCUGACAUUGAUGAGUAUCUCAAGUUAUCUUAAGUUGUCAUUAUUUUUCUCUACCUAACAUUGAGAAAUUCUCUUAUUUUCAUAUUUACAUAGCCAACCAUGCUAUACUAUUUUAUAAGUGCAUGUUGCCA